GCUGCUGUCUAGAGGCAGAGGAGUAAACUACCAAGUGUGCACAGGCUAGUUAGCUAAUCAGGUGGCUGCUCAGUCAGCUCACUUGCAGACGAGCGGCGUUGUAGCGGGAGGAAAUGUUAUCAUGGUCAUAACUCCAACUCUAGCAAAAAACGAAAAGGCUCGCAACGGUUAAAAGGAAUUUUAAAAGGCGUUUCUUCCCGAGUUGAGGAUGUCUAAACGCCUGCGAAACACUGAGGUCUGCGCAGAUUGCUGUGUCCCAGAACCUCGCUGGGCCUCGGUGAACAGAGGCGUGUUGAUCUGCGACGAGUGCUGCAGUGUACAUCGGAGCCUGGGCAGACACAGCUCCCAAGUGCGCCACCUGACGCACACGCCAUGGCCCCCUACGCAGCUGCAGAUGGUUCAGACAUUAUACAACAACGGUGCGAAUUCAAUUUGGGAGCACUCCCUUCUGGACCCUGCGUCUGUGACGAGUGGAAAACGCAAGGCCAACCCUCAGGACAAACUCCAUCCAAACAAAUCAGAGUUUAUAAGAGCCAAAUAUCAAAUGCUGGUGUUUGUCCAUCGCAUACCUUGCCGAGAGGAUGACAGCUCAACAGCCAAGGAUUUAAGCAAGCAACUUCACUCAAGCGUACGCACUGGUAAUCUGGAGACUUGUUUGAGGCUGCUGACACUCGGAGCUCAAGCAAAUUUCUUUCAUCCUGAAAAGGGAAGCACUCCUUUGCAUGUAGCUGCAAAGGCUGGGCAAGUAUCUCAGGUUGAACUGUUGACCGUUUAUGGGGCAGAUCCUGGUGCUCCAGACAGCAGAGGCAAAACUCCCAUUGACUGUGCAAGAGAAGCUGGCCACAACGACCUGGCAGACAGGCUGGUGGAAAUUCAGUAUGAACUAACCGAUCGACUGGCGUUUUACUUGUGUGGACGAAAACCAGAUCAUAAAAGCGGCCAGCACUUCAUCGUUCCACAAAUGGCCGACAGGAACAUCAGUGCAGAUUUAUCGGAACUUGCAAAGGCAGCGAAAAAGAAACUGCAGUCUCUCAGUAAUCAUUUAUUUGAGGAGCUGGCCAUGGACGUGUAUGAUGAAGUGGACAGGCGAGAGACUGAUGCAGUGUGGUUGGCAACACAGAAUCACAGCACGCUGGUCACAGAGACAACUGUGGUUCCUUUCCUUCCUGUGAAUCCGGAGUAUUCAUCGACACGAAACCAGGGGCGGCAAAAGCUUGCAAGAUUUAAUGCACAUGAAUUUGCAACUUUGGUCAUUGACAUAUUAAGUGAAGCAAAGCGCAGACAGCAAGGGAAUCCGAUAGUCAGUCCCAAAGACAACGUUGAACUUAUCAUGAAGAACGUGGCCGUCAGACACUGUAGUGAUAGCCAGGACAAUGACCAGCCUGACUAUGAUAGUGUGGCAUCUGAUGAGGAUACAGAUCAAGAACUCCCAUCAAGCAAAGGAGACAGGACCAAGAGCCUGGACUCGGACCUCUCAGACGGACCCAUCACUAUGCAAGAAUACCUGGAGGUGAAAACCGCCCUCUCUGCCUCUGAAGCAAAGAUCCAGCAACUCAUGAAAGCAAACAACAGUCUGAGCGAUGAGCUAAGGCUCAUGCAGAAAAAGCUGCAAUCUCUGCAAAGCGAGAACACCUCUCUCAGGCGGCAGGUCACUACCAAUAUCUAUCAGAUCCCCAGCGGUACAGACUACCCUGACCCCUCCAGUCCCUCUGCCCUGAAACGCCGGCAGUCUGCACGGGCCAGUCGGCCCAUGUCUAUGUAUGAGACCGGCUCAGGCCUGAAGCCCUAUCUCCCUAAAGGGGAAACUCCUUACUCAGAGGAGGGAAUCCCCACCCUUCAAUCCUUCCCAACUCAUACGGAAAGGGGCGCUUUUGUGACCACCUCUUCAUCCCUUCCCUCAUUUCCAUCCACCUUGUGUUGGUCGAAGGACGACAGUGCUCAAAAGGCUUCAAAAUUGGAGAAGCAAAGCAGCAUGCCAGAAAGUGACUAUGACAACACGUUCAAUGACUCGGAGAUGGAUGACUCGGGGUUCUGCAGGAGAGGGAGGCUGAGGAGCAGUGGCUGGCUGGGGGAGGGUAGCUCUAUCCCUGAACUUGAUGAUUUGGAGAUGGACUCUGACCCCACGCUUCCCAGCACAGAGGACGUCAUCCGCAAGACCGAACAGAUCACCAAGAAUAUCCAGGAGUUGCUGCGAGCUGCUCAGGAGAACAAACAUGACAGACCAUGUGAGCGUGAAGGUGUGCGUCGGCUCAGGCACAGCCUGGGAUGUUUCAGCACUCUGGUACCCUGGGCUGAGAAGGCCCCCUCUCCCCUUCAGCCGCUCAGCCUCCGGUCCCCCGACCCCACCUCCUGGUACUCUGGCUUCUGUCCCUGCCUCCCAGGCACAGUUUUAUUUUCCUCUCCCUCAGACACUUUCUUCUUCUGGUCUGCCUCACCUGCUAACAAGCUGUCUCUUUUUCUGUCAUAUUGUGCUGCAUGCUUGAGUAUGCCGAGUUUCAAACAUCAAUUCAUUUCAUGUUUUAUCUUCAAGCACUGACUUUGCUUUAGUUAGGUAAAAAAGGUAAGGUGCAUCUGUGCAGUGACUUAUAGCUGACAGCAUAUUUGUUUUUGAUCUUGACGUUUUUUACUGUAGAAUUAAAGUGCUGUUUACUUACAAGGUUUAAAAUGUCUUUUAAAUGGCAUGUUUUGUAGGUAAUCUGUCGAUGAUGAUGGUGCAUGGUGUGUUCUGAAAACUAAAUUGCACCUCCACUUUGUGAAGUAACCUGAUUGCAGUGAUGAUUAGCUAAUUGAUCAUUCGUAUCACUUUUAUAACCAUUGUAUUUGUUACUUUCAGUUUACUUUCUGACUGUGACUUCAAUC